AUUUUUUUUCUACUUAUUUCGUGGAAAAUCAAAAGGCAAAAAGAAGAAAAAACUGCUCGAAUUCUUAUUUGGACGAGGAAGACCAAAGCCGCGAGUAGAAAAUGGAAGAGUAUUUGCAGUACAUGAAAACUCUCCGAUCUCAGAUCAACGAUGUGGAGGAUCAAGCCGCCAACGUUUCAGCUGAAGAGCAGAUCCACUUUACUACCAUUCGAACCUUGCAAAAUGAUAUCCUUUCUGCAAAAUCUACGAAACAACAACUUAUGGAAGAUAUCGAGAAGAUGCUGACAGCAAAGGGCCAAUUAUGUUCGCUGAUAAUUGAGAAACAGAGAAAAAUAGCCGCUCUAGACUCUGAUUCAACCACACUUUGCCAAACACUGGAGCUUAUUCAACAUGAAAAAAUCAGUUUAUCUUCCAAACUAAUAGAAAAGAGGGCUUACUACUCCAAGGUGGUCGAGGAUCUUUCUUACAAAUUGCAGCAACAACAGGACUGGGUCAAAUCCCAGAAACAUAGAAGACAAAUGGAAGAGCAUGAUUUGGUCAACAAUAAACUUGACGAGAAAAUGACUGAAUCUGAAGGUAACAUUAGUGUUGGAAACUGUUUGAUCACGGACAAUGAGAAUAAUGAAGGGAAUGACCUGAUUGUCAAGUUGGACUUGGAGAAAGCCAAGCUAGAUGGGAUUGAACAAAUGAAAGCCACACUCAUGAGAGAUAAUGAAAAGAUUAAGGAGUCUAUUGAGCAAGCAAAGCGCGGAUCAAACCAUUUUAAGCCGGAGCUGUUGGAAAUAAGUGUAAUGGCACUUGAAGAAGAAUACAAAGCACUUCUAUCAGAUAAAGACGGAGAAACUGAGUAUCUUUGCUCACUGCAGGACCACCUUGAACGAAUAAAGGGGAUUUCUCACGUGAUUAAAUGUGCCUGUGGAGAGGAAUACAUGUUGGAUCUUCGUGCCUGAUCAGGUAAUGUACAACUCAAAAUUGAUAGGCUAAUAUGGUAAAAAUGUUAAUAGGCUUGAACCAAGGGAGCAAUUUAUCACAAGUAAAUGCUGCAUAUUUUACUGGAGAACGAAUAUCAGACACAUGCCAUUGCUUUCAUAUUAUGUGCCAAUAUUGGUUCAUGUGCUCUUGUGCCAGUUACCUACCCCAGCCAUUU